UGUCCUCGCAUUUCAUUACAGGAUACGCUGUGACAUGUGUCCAGCGUGAUCAUGAUAUAAUGCUGUUGAUCUCCCUUAGACAUCUCAUACAUACAUGUUAAACAAUUUCAAUCCAAUAACUAAGGUUGACUCUGCUACUCAAUACUUCUCUGUCACUGGCCAGUCACAGCCCAGUCACAGUUCAUGCAUCAGCCGCGCAUCUGAAGCUGAUCUAGGCAGUGCACUGGAUCCGAAUAAAUGCAGGCUCAAUCAGGUGAUGUUGGCAAGAGUACAAGGACAGUCACUCAUGGCUUUUGACAUGGACGUCGAUUGAUGCAACAGCAAUGCUACUUUGAAACCACACUGUCUACUCAAGUCACUGAAUCGGUUGCAAUGUUGGCGGACAGACAGACUCGGAGUCAAAGGGGGCAAGAGCAUUUCCACAGCUUGCAGAGGAAGCAGGGUUAUGCUCCAGAGUCAAAUUUGGGAAAACUGUCUCAGUUGUUCAGUCGAGCGCUGCCUCAGUAUCUUAUGUGAGAACAUAAAACCUGCUUGUCCAUUGAGGCACUGGACAGAAUCGCUAGGCUGUGCAAUAGCACACUUCAGAAUACAGCAGAUUUUAAGCUAUUAACGUUAUGGCUGCUACCCAACUCCUUCACCUGAGCGAGAAAGUAACAGUGAAAUCUGUACAUAUGCUUUUGAGCCUGUCAGCUCCUACUGCUGCCCCCUCUCAAAGUAUCCACCUGUUGUGCGCCUUUCACUUCUACAAGCCCGACAAUGGCAGCACGUCACAGGUGCAU